AAUAAUUUGGUGGCUGUUGUUGGUCACAUCUACAAGUGUCUGUAACCCGGACGACCUAGGAUUGUAAUAUCAAUGUUGGUCAUCGUGGUAGUCUUCAAUAUGGCACGGAAACAUGAUUUUGAUUUGUUUCUUGGAGGGAAAACAGGCUCAUUUAAAGGAAUCAGCAUUAAUUUUGAAGACGAGGGCACAAAACCAAUUGCAAAGAAUAUACAAAAUAUAAAAGUCCUCACGAAGGAACAUGAAAUUACAUCAUUGGCAUGGGGGGACCCAGAAGAGAUUGAUGUAUUAAUUGGAAUGUCAUGUCAGAGAGUAAAGAUAUACGACACCGACUUCAAAGCAUUUACAAGUAGCGUGGAUGCUACCUGUGGAAAAGGAAGUAUAAAAGGACUGUCAAGAUAUAAAGAGAAACUUCUGACAGCUGUAGCAUCAGGUCAUGUGAAGAUAUGGAGUCAUUCAAAAGACUCCAACAGUGUUAUGGACACUGGUGGUCCAAUAGAGAAAAUGAGACAUAGUUCAAUAAAUGCAGAUAUUAUUGCAGUUGGAGGAAAGGAAAAUGACCUUAAGCUUUGGAAUUUAGAACAGAAUACGUGUACUUUUGCAGCUAAAAAUGUGAAACAAGACAUGUUGCAGUUACGAGUACCUGUGUGGAUAUCGGACAUGGGUUUCUUGCGAGACAGCACCAAAGUAGCAGUCUGCACAAGAUAUGGACAUGUAAGAGUUUAUGAUCCAAGUACUGCUCAAAGGCGACCAGUUAUUAAUAUGGAUAUCCCUGAACAGUCCCUGACAACUUUGACAGUUACUAACAGAGACCACCAUGUUGUUGUAGGAAGUACCACAGGAAAGAUAAUGCUUAUUGACCUGCGCAGGAAAGGAUCAGUGGUACAACAUUAUAAAGGUGCUGUGGGUUCGCUGAAGUCUAUAGCAUGCCAUAAGACAGAACCUUACAUUGUGAGUGUUGGACUGGACAGACACAUUCUGGUCCAUAACCUCAACAGCAGAGCUCUCCUGCAAAGGAUGUAUAUGAAAUCUUGUCUGAAUUGCAUUCUUCUGCGUUCAAAUGCCUUCUUAAAAACCACAGACAAUGUACGUGAUAAAGGCAGUGAUGAUGACAUACAAAUUAUUGAAAAUGAUUAUGAUGAACUCUUCAGCAACAUGGAAACUGUAGAAGAAUCCUUACCCAAAAAGAAGUGUAAACUAAUUUAAUUAAGAUUGUGUAAAGUUUGUAUUUUUAAUUAAUAAAUCACUUCAGAAACAGUAUGUUCAGAAUAUAAAA